CAUUUCCAUUACAAAGAACCACCUAGGAUCGAUACACUGAAAGUCUGUAAAAAUGAUAACACACUCAUCAACUCUAAGAUUUUAAACAAUACUACUCCAGAAGAAAACAAUGACACACUAUUUAUAACUGAACCUACAGUGAAAUUAAAUAUAGUCGGGAAAUACUUUGAGUUAAUUAAUUCACCUAGGCACACGAACCAGGGAACUCAUAUAAAACAUCUAGCAGAUAAUGCAGCUGACGACAUAAAAUCAAGAUUGCAGAGCUUCCGAACAUACAACUUCUCACAUACAAACUUUGCCAAAAACAAUCCGGCAUACUACCCUACUCAAGAGCAGGAUACUCCAAAAUACCUCUACUCUUACAUUCAAGUAGCUUUGAUUCUUCUUAUUUAUGAUAUGAUCCACGGAAAAUCUUUUAUAACCUGGGAUGGAAUCAACUUUUCAACUUUGGUAUUUAACAUACUAGAAGGGCUUCAGCAAGGGACGGUAACUUCCCCUGCAUUAUUUAUCAUAUUCACCAGUACCAUUCUGAAUAAAUUCGGACUGAACUCAGGGAAUAACACUUAUUCUGGAGCCUACGCAGAUGACGAGACCGAGUACGUAGCUGAUAGCAAGAUACAAAUCAUUCAAGAGAAACUAACAACAAUCGUAAAUGAAAAAUACCAUUGUUUUAAACAAUGGAAUUUAAAAAUGAAUCCAGAUAAAAACGAAGCUAUUUUGUUCAGAAAAACAGUGAAUGAAAUUACACCACCCACCAUAUAUACCGGCGAAGAAUUUCCAAUUCCAAAUAAGAAUGUAGUGAAGUACCUUGGAGUCCACUUCGAUUAUCUAUUACGACUAAAUAAACACCACGCAAUACAGCUUCAAAAAGCCAAAAAAGCCUUUAGAGCCAACUCAAGAAUUUUCUACAAUAGAAAUAUUGACCCUAAGGCAAAACUGAUUUGUUACCAACUCCUGGUAAGACCAAUUAUCUCGUACGCAGCACCCAUUUGGUGGAACGUAGGCCCUUCUGUCAUGGAAAAGUACAGAAAAUUCGAACGCUCAUGUCUAAAAGCCUGUCUUGGUAGAUAUCGCUCAGCCCACUCAAACUAUCUUAAACUCAUAAGCAAUAGUGAAAUUUACAAUCUAGCUAAUAUUCCAAGAUUCGACACCUUCUGUUUAACACUAACCCGUAACUACUUCAGCUCUCUGUAUGACAUUAAUAACGACAUGAUAAAAAGCCUCAAAGUCGACAAUGAUAAAAUGGUAAGAAGAAUGGCGAAGAGUAACUGCUCACCACCUGAAAUAUUCACAAAUUUGGAUCGAAUGGGCUGCAUCCAAGACGAGAACAACGUGCCGAUCAUUUAUCAUCUGCGAAGACAUUGCGCGAGAAAGAACAUAUAUAUUGAUAUGGAAAACAUCCCUGUUAAUUCCGUAGUAUAUUCAACGACACUACCAGAACGGGACCAAAACAGUUUAGAAAGAUUGAACGAAAAGUACUGGUGGCUCCAAGGAGUCGCCAGAUACUUGGACGAGCUAAGAAGAAGAGCAAGAUAUAAACAACAGCUCCAGCAACUACAACAACGAUCAAGUCGCCCAAGACCAAAAAGAGUCCAAAGACCUCGACAA